AUGUCGAGCUCAGUUUUGGCUCUGAACCCCUUUUCAGUCUCGACACCGCUCCAACCGGCAACCUCAAUCGCCUCCAAAUCGCGUUCCAGUUUGAAGUUCCGGAAAUCUCAACCUGUGAAAUUCAAAUGUGAUUACUCAUGCUUCGAAGUCAAAGAUGUGAGCUACCAACCGCCAGGGACUGAGCUCCGCCUUCUAAAUGCUGUUAGUUUUUCGCUUCCGGAGAAGAGCUUGGGCUUAAUUUUUGGACAGAGUGGUAGCGGAAAGACUACUCUCGUGCAGCUGCUUGCAGGAUUGAACAAACCAACUUCAGGCUCAAUUCAGAUUCAAAAAUAUGGAAAUGAUGGCAAGCCAAUUCAGUCUCCUGAAUCCUUAUCCACAGGACGAGUUGGCAUUGUGUUUCAGUUUCCAGAGAGGUAUUUCGUGGCUGAUAAUGUGCUUGAUGAAGUUACUUUUGCAUGGCCAAGGCAAAAGGGAGAUCUUCAAAUGAAGGAGAAUCUUGCUCGAAACCUCCACAGAGCAAUUAAUUGGGUUGGUUUAAGUGGGAUCUCACUGGAUAGAGACCCUCACUCCCUUAGUGGUGGCUACAAACGUCGUCUUGCCUUGGCAAUUCAGCUAGUACAAAUCCCAGAUUUAUUGAUAUUGGAUGAACCCCUUGCUGGUCUUGAUUGGAAGGCACGUGCAGAUGUUGUAAAGCUGCUAAAGCAUCUAAAGAAAGAAUUAACCAUACUGGUUGUCAGCCAUGAUCUCAAAGAGUUAGCAGCUCUAGUUGAUCGAUCAUGGAGGAUGGAUAUGGGUGGAAUUCUUAAGGAGGAGCCUCUGCCGAUUUAGUAUGCUGGUGCCUCCUGUUAAUCUGACGCUGCAAGAUAUUCUUGGAGGGGACACACCACUGUUGCACAGUACUCUUCAUCUUCAGAGUCCUCCAUUCCCCAGCCACCGAGUGUGAUAGUGCUAACAUGACUGUCUCUUGCUGAUGAUGGACAGAGUCCUUCCCUUGUCUCGGCCUGAAGAAACCUCUCUGGCUCAUAGCUGAUGAGCUUCAAGUCAUUUUCUGUGACCUUUGGCUUUUGCUCAGUUAAGUUCUCUAAAGGUGUUGCAAAAGUUGGUGUCACUGGUUCACUGGCAUUUGUUUCCAAGCCAAGAGUUCCAAUGGUGAGAAAGCCAUGAAACAGCUCUGGGGCAAUAACGGAUGUUUCUUCUCCUUCUCUCCUGUCUUCAAAUUCCGAAAAAGAUUUCUUCUGGUCCUUCCUAGGUCGCUCUAAGAACGUAGAUCCAUGUCUGUGAUGGAUGGUCGGUUUUGUAUAGGCAUCUUUGUCAUCAUCUGAUGGCCAAGCUGAAAUUUGUUACAGAAAGAAUUAGAUUACUGAAAAUAACUAGAGAUGAAAGACUUCAUCUGUUCAUAUUAAUGAAAGUGGUGCUGCAUUUCUGGACAUUUAAACUGGUUUAUCUGUAGGUUAAAUG